GGGAAACCAGAACAGAGAGCAUGCCCAGCAGUGGCUGGAGAAGAUGAACGACCAGUGGGAGCUGCAGAGGUUUCUGCAGGACUGUCUGGAGCUGGGGGACUGGGUGUGUGAGAAGAUGCUGAUGGCGAGGGACAGCAGCCGAGACGAGACCCAGAAGCUUCACAAGAAAUGGCUUAAGCACCAAGCCUUCAUGGCCGAGCUGGCCCAGAAUAAGGAAUGGCUGGACAAAAUUGAAAAGCAAGCGGUGAAGGAUGUAAUAACUGAGAAUAAUGUACAUAUUGGUUAUAGGAAGUAAAGUCACACAAGUCAUUUCUAUGGAUUUGGGCCCCCUUACAUGUCUCAAUUUGUGCUCCUUAAGGUAUAUAUUUUAUUAUUUCCUUUUGUUUCAGUAUUUAUUGGUUUGGUAGACGCUGUCCCCCUUUUUUUUGUUUUACUUGGUCAUA